AUGAGGAGUUCAGCUGCCUCCCAGUCGGAGCGCAGCGGCAUCCGCGUCGUCGUGCGGCUGCGGCCGUCGAGCGGCCCGUCGACGAUCCGCGUCGACCAGGAGGCGAGCACGCUGACGAUCCCCAACUCCCGCGGCACGUCGGCGGAGAAGGCGUCCGUCGUGGACCACACGGCCGAGGGCCUGCGCUUCGGCGUGGACCACAUCUACGAGGCCGGCGCGAGCCAGGAGAGCCUCUUCGAGGCCGAGGCGGCGCCCCUCGUCGCCGGCUGCCUCGAGGGCGUCACGGGGACGCUCCUCGCCUACGGCCAGACGGGCGCGGGCAAGACGUACACGGUCCUGGGCCGCGGCGGCACGACGGCGACGGCGUCCUACGACGAGCGGGGGUUGGUGCCGCGCACGCUCCAGCGGCUCUUCGACCUCGCGGCGAAGAAGCGGCGCGCCGGCUGCUCCGUGGAGAUCCGCGUCUCCUGCAUCGAGGUCUACAACGAGCAGCUCAUCGAUCUGUUAAAAGCGCAGCAGCCGGCGGACCGGGCCGGCGAGCUCGUGGUCUGGGAGGACCCCAAGGACGGCGGCGUCCACGUGAAGCACCUCGAGGUCGCGCCCGCGGCGUCGGCGGAGGAGGCGCUCCAGCUCCUUUGGGAAUUUCGCACUCUUGUCCUGCCCAGGCACGCGAUGAACGUCGCGUCGUCGCGGUCCCACCUCGUCGUCACGGCCCACGUGACCUGCCGCGAGGCGUCGCGGCGGCCCGCCUACGACGACGACGACGCGGCGCCCGAGGAGCGCUUCGCGAAGCUGCACUUGGUGGACCUCGCGGGCAGCGAGCGCAUCAAGCUCACGGCGUCGCGCGGCGCGACGGCGACCGUGCGCGAGGCGUCCUACAUCAACAAGUCCCUCACGUUCCUCGAGCAGGUCGUCAUCGCCCUGGGGGACGCCGGCCGCGACCACGUG